GCGCUAAGAGCCACCAUCUCUGUUUCUCCCCCCCCUCUCUCGAUUCCCAUUCUCCAUCUUCACAAUGAAAUCUGCAAAGGAAAUGAGAAGAGGAGACGGCGUGAGUUUUUCUCCUGUCCCUCCGUGCAUCUUGGUAGUAGAUGUGGCUCCUCCUGGGUGGGGCGCUGUACGCACAACAUUAUGUGAAGCGCUCAGUAAUGCUCUGAAUCUGUGUGCCGCUACUGCCCCUGCCUGCACCUUGCUGGGUAUCUACUCUGUGCGAGAGCGCCACCACUGUGUGUUCCCCCUGCAGCCUGUACGGAACAGUUUCGCUCGUUUGCACUACUGCAUCUCAGAGCUUCGUUCUGCCCAAGAGGAUGGGCCCUAUAACCCACACACUGGAGUGCUGGCGCUUGCAGUCUUGGAUGCUCUGCAGCAGAACAGACAACUUGCUCAGCACAGUGUCUCUCAAGGAGCUCCGCAGAGGUCUUCUGUAGAGGUAGCUAUAGUAUCUGCGCGGGAGGGGAAGGAAGUUGCCUCACAACUGGACUCCGGCUUGAGGGAUGCAGACUUAGGGUCGCUCCAUAGGCUUCUCGUGGUACUUCUCUCUGAUGGACUGAUGGGGGCUCACAGUAUGGACACAUCCCCACAAUCUGCUGCUGAUUCAGGUUCCUCUGCUUAUGAUAUCGAGUUCCAGGUCACCUCCCGGGAUGUUCUAAGCCUGGAAAGCUUUUUCAAGUCAUGGCUGUUUAAUAAAGUUCCAGAGAAGGAAAAGCUUAAUCUGAUCCUACACGAUGGAGAAGCAGCAGCGUUGCGUGUGAUAUGUGAUGUGCAGCGGAGAUUGCUGAACCCCGAGUGUCUGCACAGACAGGGAGAGCAAGGAUCUGCUCACAUCGGGGAGCAGAGCAAGGUCAGAGGAGGAAGGGGGCCCCAAAUGCUCAAGGCUCUGAGGGCAAUACCAUCCCACGGGAUCUGUGCUUCCCUGCUGUACGGCUUUCCUUCCAUCCUCACCCCCACUGCAUCCUGGGAGCUGGACUGGGACACACUGGAAAGCAAUGAGGAGAAUUUCCGUGCUCUGUGCCACUAUCUCCAGUCCCAGGAGCUGUCCCUUCUGGCCUGCACUACACAGCACUCUCGCCCACCUUCCUUGGGGGUCCCGGUUCAGUCUCACUUCAUUGUAUCUUCCUCAGACUCAGUUGCUCUGCUGCUUCGUCCUGUGGCCGUAAGAGAGAUUGUUCUGCCAAUAGAGCCAGCCCUGCCCCAGCAGCCAGUGAAAGAUAGCACUUUGCUUAAGAUUCAGGAUGCCCUUCAGCCCCUACAGGUGGACUCAGUGUACAACCCACUGUCAGUGACCUGUGGCCUUUACAGACACCUACAGACCCCCAUGUCUGGGCCCCCCACAGCACGAGGAGAUACAAGCCAUUUCAUCCAGCUCAAAGGGGCCAGUGGCAUUCAGAUCCGACAGGCGCCACUGAGGCACAGGAAAGCCCGAGCGACUGUAACUCCCCUCCCUCUAGUGCAUUCUGCCCUCGCCCUCCAGCCUUCCCACUCUUGCCCCCAGCCACUAAGUAAGGGCAACAAGUAGUGGGCCAAGGAAAACUCCCUGCCUCCAGAACUGCCGUGGCCCAUAACCCCCAGGCACAACUCCCAGCAGCUCCUAUUCCCAGCUCCAGGCCAUCAGGAUGGAACUAUAACUCCCAGCAGCUCCUAUUCCCAGCUCCGGGCCAUCAGGAUGGAACUGUAACUCCCAGCAGCUCCUAUUCCCAGCUCCGGGCCAUCAGGAUGGAACUGUAACUCCCAGCAGCUCCUAUUCCCAGCUCCGGGCCAUCAGGAUGGAACUGUAACUCCCAGCAGCUCCUAUUCCCAGCUCCGGGCCAUCAGGAUGCAGCGGAACUGUAACUCCCAGCAGCUCCUAUUCCCAGCUCCGGGCCAUCAGGAUGGAACUGUAACUCCCAGCAGCUCCUAUUCCCAGCUCCGGGCCAUCAGGAUGCAGCGGAACUGUAACUCCCAGCAGCUCCUAUUCCCAGCUCCGGGCCAUCAGGAUGGAACUGUAACUCCCAGCAGCUCCUAUUCCCAGCUCCAGGCCAUCAGGAUGGAACUGUAACUCCCAGCAGCUCCUAUUCCCAGCUCCGGGCCAUCAGGAUGGAACUGUAACUCCCAGCAGCUCCUAUUCCCAGCUCCAGGCCAUCAGGAUGGAACUGUAACUCCCAGCAGCUCCUAUUCCCAGCUCCAGGCCAUCAGGAUGGAACUAUAACUCCCAGCAGCUCCUAUUCCCAGCUCCAGGCCAUCAGGAUGGAACUGUAACUCCCAGCAGCUCCUAUUCCCAGCUCCAGGCCAUCAGGAUGGAACUAUAACUCCCAGCAGCUCCUAUUCCCAGCUCCGGGCCAUCAGGAUGGAACUAUAACUCCCAGCAGCUCCUAUUCCCAGCUCCGGGCCAUCAGGAUGCAGCGGAACUGUAACUCCCAGCAGCUCCUAUUCCCAGCUCCGGGCCAUCAGGAUGGAACUGUAACUCCCAGCAGCUCCUAUUCCCAGCUCCAGGCCAUCAGGAUGGAACUAUAACUCCCAGCAGCUCCUAUUCCCAGCUCCAGGCCAUCAGGAUGGAACUGUAACUCCCAGCAGCUCCUAUUCCCAGCUCCAGGCCAUCAGGAUGGAACUAUAACUCCCAGCAGCUCCUAUUCCCAGCUCCGGGCCAUCAGGAUGGAACUAUAACUCCCAGCAGCUCCUAUUCCCAGCUCCGGGCCAUCAGGAUGCAGCGGAACUGUAACUCCCAGCAGCUCCUAUUCCCAGCUCCGGGCCAUCAGGAUGCAGCGGAACUGUAACUCCCAGCCGGUAUCUCAUAGCUUUGUUGCUGAUGGGGGCCAAUAAAGGAAGGCAGUACUGAU